UUUAAAAAGAAAAAUCAGUUUUCUUCAGCAAUUUACUCGUAAAUAAAGUAAACCUCUUACCACAAGAUGUGUUUCUUCGUCAUUGUUGCUGCUUACGCCAUUUUUUCAUCUUUAGCUGAUGCAUAUAAUCCAACAAAUAAGUAUACAGAAUUUCUAGAAUGGAAUCGUAAUUCAUCGCAAACUUCUGACAUCCCAACUCCAAGUGUAAAUAUUUUAACGGUUUUAACAGAAAAUGGUUUUACAACUUUUGUUGACUUAAUAAUCAAAAGUGGAUUGGAAGAAACUUUUUCUCAACCUGGACCAUUCGUCGUAUGGGCACCAACAAAUGAAGUUUUUUCUGCAAUUGAUCGUGAAACUUUCAAUUCAAUUUUGAUUGAUUCCAGUCUAUUGAAAGACAUUCUUACUUAUCAUCUGACAUUGUUUGGGCAGCCUUACACUCUUAUUUCUGCCAUAAAAGAUGAGCUAGCCCGACCAACAGUACAGGGUCAGGUAGUUCGCAUCAAUGUGUACCGUAAAAAAGGAUCUUCUUUUGCUUCAAAACGAUCUGUAACCGUCAAUGGAGCACUAGUGGUUAACACUUUUUCAGCAGGUGAAAGUAUUAUCUACGUCAUCGACAGGGUUCUAAACCCCAAGGAUUUGGAUUCUAGAAAUACAAAAAUUAAUUAUUUGAGAAAAAACCCAGAAUUAUCGAUUUUCUUAAAAAUCUACGAUACUCUUGGUUUCUCCGAAGACAGUUUUAAAUCUCCGAUGAAAACUGUGUUUGUUCCAACCAACGCUGCCUUCCAAGCUCUUCCUGCUAGUGAACUUGAAGCGCUGUUCGACAACAAAAAAGCUUUGAGAGCGUCAAAUUUCGGCUUAAGCUUUUCUUAUGCGCCGUUGCCUGUUUUACGAAAUUGUGUCUUCUGCUAUUUUGAUUGUGUUCCGCGUUAUUUGCAAUAGCAGACAACCCAAGCAGUUAAAUUUCACAUGUGAUCUCCAUUGUCGACCAAAAUGUCUAAGAAUUGCAGUUCAAGUAAAAGUAACGAAACUGGGCAUCAAAUUAAUGUAGACAGCAACUCGACGGAUGUUGGAAACCUUGCUAGAGGAUUUGAAAGAACAGUCGUCGUUUCAAAUGCAUCAUCGAUUCGUUUCCGAUUUCCCAUUACAAACCAGGUGCGUCCAGUGGGUCCAAUUCCAAGAAACUCAUCAUGGCAGUUGAUGAAUGACCAAGCCAUUCGUAACUCUACUACUAACCCCAACAUUAACUCAACACUUCUUCUAAAUAAUUACAAACCUGUAAAGCUAGUGCGUGUUGUUACACCAGGGAACACAUUGAGGUUAGGACAAACGCCCAACAUUAGACUAACGCAAAUUAGAGUAACAAACCCCAACGUGCAGCUCAAGCAACCACAACAAAAUAAGUCAUAUGCCUCUGCUGGACCAAUUGUUCUUUUCCGAGGGGAAAGUCGUGGCGAUCAUCGCCCAAUCGUCGACAUAGAUGCCCCAGAAGGAAUAGUAAAUUAUUUAGAUAGCGAUACUGACAAAACCCAUGUGAAUGAAAGUGGUCCUUCUACAUCAAACAGCAGCGAGUCGUUGAAGGGCAAGACGAAGACAAGAAACAGAUGGACAGAACCAGCUACGAAGAAAAUGUUGGAAGUUUACGAGGCUUUAAAAAAAACCGGAACUGUCGAAACCUCACAAAAGGAUGGCCUUGUGGACUGCGCUCAAUGUAUGGACUAAUUCAGUAAACUUCAAGGGCAAUACCGCUCUCGUUUGGACUUCAAGGGGAAAAACCUCGACCCAUGGGUACAUCAUGCUACUUUGCAACGGAUUGAAGGAAACAAAGCUGAAAACAGCAGUGCUUUCGUCCGGGAAACUGGGACCAAACGAAAAGAAGAGGCUGAUUAUCCAACCUCUGAUUUAGAUGAAGAAGACGAGUGCGGGUUAUCGAACUCAAAGAGACGGAAGACGCAGGUUCCAAAGAAAAAUGCUUAUUUUUUGAAAGAACUUAUUGAGAGGGAGAAGGAAGAAGCUGAAGAAAGAAGAAAUAGGUAUGAAGAACAAAAGAU